GUCUGGAAGUACAAGGAGGAGGCAGGAGAGCUCUGCUGGAGCGGGGAAUGAUGGCGGUGAGCAAGAAGAAGGGACGAGUUUGAUCCUGUAAAACUGGGACGUUGUGGGCGAUCAUUCGGCGCCUAACAUGAUGAAGCAAGCAAGAGGUGAUUUCGCUGUGACUGUUUAGUUGAGACAACAGUGCUCCAGAGAAGCGUCGCCGGACCAUGGCACCGCAUGCGUAAAGUGGAGGGAUAAAAGUUCAACACCAAAGAGCUACAGUCUCUCCAAACCCGACUUGUCUAAUUAGGCUGAAGUCAUAAUCAAGCAAAAAUGAUUAAAGCGGAAAGUAAAGGAGGCGAGAGGACCCUGAGGAGCGCUUCGCCUCACAGAAAUGCAUACAAGUCUGACUUCCACGCCAUUAAAUGCUCCUUUGAUGGGCCAAAAUCUGAGGGUGCUGCCAAAUCGUAUACAAAUGGCUCCAGUGACACCCGGGAAGACUCGAGGGGGAGGCCUUUUGGGACCCGAGUGAACAAGAUAAAGAACAUAUUCCUACAAAUGGAUGGCCAGCAACAGGAGUGCCAAGAACUGAAAGUGACUUUAAAGCCUGAUGUGUCCCAGGUUUCCCCACCAAAGCUGCAGUAUCCAGUCAACACACACAGAGUUAACUUCAAUACUGCCUCAAGCCCCGAAUCACACAAUUUAGAUAAAACACCCAAGGGGGAGGAUGUUGAGAUUGACAAAGUGGCUUUGGCAGAGAAGUUUUCUGUGACCAGAAAACUCUUUGAAAGGGGCAUCAAAGACCAGCCAGCAGCCGAAAAACAGUCUCCAAACAGAGUAGUGAAUCGUUUGUCCCUCGGAAGUUCCUCUGACGAGGGGAAAAGCACAAGAAGAGUAUCAGGAUCCUCUGAAACCACUAUCAAUUCAGAGCAAACUCCCACAUCGACAGUUAAAUGUAGAACAGAUGAGAAGGCUGAUGGUGAGAAAAAGCAUGCGGCUAGAGUGUCACUGAAUGCAGGACCCAUGUCUAAGAGGUUGGAGAAUUACAUGGCUGAGAAUGACUCGGAAGACAACAACACAGCUGCUGCAAAGGGGGUGACGGUGUCUACUAAACCACACGGUGUCACUGAACACUUACUGCCUACCUCUCCAACAAGGGACACCUUACACAAACCUACUUCUCCUGUAAAAGAAGCCACAAACUCUUCACCUGUAACUAAUACCACUAACAAAAAUACAUCCCAGACAGCAUGCGCCAUUAACAAAUCACCAGCCUCUGGGUCUAAUAUUGGGCUCAAACCAACAACCCCAGUUACUAAUGCAGCUUACAAGUCUGUUUCUCCAACAACUGAUGCCACUCACAAACCCCUUUCACCAGAGCAAACAACCCCAAUUAGCCAUGGCUACAAGCGCUCCUCAUCAUCCUGUGAUGGAUUUAACAAGACAUCUGUUGGUGGGGAUGAAGGCAAGCCACAUAGUCCGCCCCCAAGGGAUAUGAAGCAGCCUCUACCAUCAGCUAAUAGCUUUCAGAACACCAACAGGGCCAAAUACUCUGAAAAAGCCAAGAGUAAUGACAAUGUGGUACAUAGUCCUACCAGGGACAAGCCACCCAGCCAAACCUCAUCACUGGACUCCAGGGGGGUGGGCACAGUACGGGCAGAAUUGGUAGUUGUUCAGAAUGAAUCUUCAGAGAGUGAGGAGAAUGAAGACGAGAAUGUUGGCGAUAAUGUGUUUGAGGAGGAGAAGGUGCAAAGCCCCAACGACCUACCAGCAGACCGGAAAAGAACCUUUCCAGCAGAAAAACAGAACUGUAACGCUCCUCAGGUCAUAGUAAGAGAUGUCGCAAAAGAGACACAAAAGUUAGCAGAGACUGUGGGAGAAGGUAGACUCCUCGACGACAUAGAGGGAUCUGAGUUGAAAGAGGAGAAACAACAAGACUGUUUAGUUGUGAGUCAAGAUGGUGAUGAUAAUCGUGAGGAAGAUGAUGAGGUAGUAGAGGAGGAGACUGAACUGGAGGAGCAGGUGGGCCAGAGCAUCCUGGAUCGAGCCUCUCCUGUGGUGUACGGUAUUGAAAAUGCAGCCUUUGUGGAUGACAGGGAUGUAGACCAGGUCCUUAGGGAAGAGGAGGAAGAAGAGGAAGAAGAGGAGGAGAAUCAAAUGUAUAGGGAGUACGAUGACUGUUAUGAAGCCCUCGGUCUGUCGGAUGAGGAGGAGCCUCCCCCACAGAGGAAAAUCAAGUUCUCUACAGAUCCAAUUCUGGUCUUCAGUACCUUCUCCAAUGAGGAUUAUGAUCGACGAAAUGAUGAUGUGGACCCAGUCGCAGCGUCUGCAGAGUAUGAGCUGGAGAAGAGAGUGGAGAAGAUGGAUGUGUUCCCUGUGGAGAUUGAGAAAGGAGACAAUGGGCUUGGCAUCAGUAUCAUAGGAAUGGGAGUGGGAGCUGACCAGGGUCUGGAAAAGCUUGGCAUUUUUGUGAAAACCAUUACAGAGCGAGGAGCAGCUGAGAAAGAUGGACGCAUACAGGUAAAUGACCAGAUAGUGGAGGUGGAUGGGAUCAGUUUAGUGGGCGUCACCCAACUGUUUGCUGCUACAGUCCUGAAGAACACCAAAGGCACAGUGAGGUUCCUGAUUGGACGGGAGAAGCCAGGGACACAAAGCGAGGUAGCGCGCCUCAUUAGCGAGACACUGGAGCAGGAGAAAAACCAGCAGCAGCAGCAGCAGCAACAACACAUGGAUGAUCCCUAUGAACACUCCACAGAGGAGGAGGAGCACUAUGAGGACCAGGAUGGAGCAGAUGAGAGGAUCCUGGGCUCCAGUUUCUCUCCAGGGCGGAACGUCGAGGUGUUUGAGCUGCCUGAUUCCGAGGCCUUGUUUAUGCCAACCAACAUGGACAGCUCUCAGAUGGCCUUCAAGUUCAAAGAGCUGCAGCUCAAACACAGCAUUGCCGCAGCUGAAAUAAAUCAACUAAACGAAAAGCUAAGGGCAUCAGACGAGGACAAAUCGUUGUGGGAAGCCAGGGAGUCUGCACUGGAGCAAAAGAUCGAAGAUGGCAAUGACAAAAUCCUGAAGUUGGAGAGUUACUGGCUGGAAGCCCAGGCUCUGUGCAAGACUGUGAAUGAACAAUUAACUGAGACUCAGGCUCAGUAUGAGAUCCUGGACAAGAAGUACAACAAGGCCAAGAAACUGCUCAAGGACUACCAGCAGAAAGAGAUAGACUUUGUGAAGAAAGAGGAGGAGCUGAAAAAGAAUUUAGAUGAAAAAGACAAGUGGUACAAGGAUCAGCUGGAGAGCCUACAGAACAGGAUAGCUGUUCUGGAGUCCAGAGGGGCGUCAGGUGCAGAGCGUCAGAGCGGUCAGGACUCUGCUGCAGAGGACAGACUGAGUAGCCAGUGCCCAGUCACCAACACACAAUCUGUUGACUCGCUGCUUGAUACAAAGGAGCAAGCCUGGAGUGAGUUGGUCCCUGAAACUGAGCGCCUGGACACCAGUGCACACAGAGAGAAAGGCUUGCUGGCUCAGAAAGCCAAACGCCAGCCUCCGUCCCGGAACAAACUGAAGGAGAGCCUCGCAGUGGCCUCAAGUCACUCUCAGGAAACUGAAGAAGAGGACGAGCAGGAGGAGCAAGAAUCUCCCAGGAGGAGGAGGUCCAUCCAGGAGAGCCUGGCUCUCCCAGUGCCUGUCUGCUAUCCUGGGAAUGGACAGAAAGAUAAUUCAGGUGAGGCCAGAGAUGGAUCCAGGAGUAAGGUGGAGCUCAGCAGCAGCCCGUCUUUGUCACCAUCACAGGGAGACAGUGUUGAGAGCAUAGGAAGUCCUCCUUUGUCUCCUCCAAAAGACAUCUCCUCACCACAUUCACCCUCUGGAUUCAUGCGAAAUGUGAAGAAGAGGGAGUCCAAAGGCAAGGGCAAAGAGCUCAAAGAGGAGUUAAAUGAGCCUUCAUCAGCAGGAAAAACUAAAAGGCGAUUUCCAGAUUUUGGAGGUCUCCGGAAGUCAGGUGGCAAAGGAAAAAAACAUGACAAGGAGGCAAUGAGAGCAUCUUUGGACAGCAGGGGAUCGGCGGAGUUACUGGAGGAGUCUGGAGGGAACCUGUCUCCCGCAGACUCAAUGACCUCCAUCCCUACCUGUAUGCCCUUCACCUGGUUUGGAGACAAGGAGAGGGACAGAGACAGGGAGCCCUCCUCUUCCAGCAGCAGCCUGCCGUACACUGCAACUGAGACCAGCAGUGAGCAAAGCCACGAACGCAAGAAUAAGACAAAUCUCUCCUGGUCCUCUUUAUUCAGUCGCUCAUUAGAUUUGAGUUUUUCAGUCAUAGAUGAUUCUAACGCUGCCAGUCCCAGUUCAGACAUCUCUGGGUUAGUUGCUGAACCCAAUCUGUCUGGGCGCUCACACACUUUAAUCUUCUCUUCCAGUGAGACAUUGGAUGAUGAGCCAGUAGCUACAGGAAAAGAAUAUCAGUGGCAGAACCGCCCUGUCUCUGAAUGGACCAAUCAACAGGUCUGUCACUGGUUGAUGGGCAUGAAUAUGGACCAAUACACGCCUGAAUUUACAGCUAAAGGAGUCGACGGCCAGCAGCUCUUGCUCUUGGAUAGUGACAAAUUGAAGGCACUUGGUGUGUCGAGUCAGAGCGACCGUUCAACUAUCAAGAAAAAGCUGAAGGACAUGCGCAAGGCCCAGGAGAAGCUGGAGAAACAGAGAGAGAAAAGAGAGAAGGAGGUUCGACGCAGUGGGAAGCUGCCAGUCAGUACCGACUCUGUCUGCUGAGGUAGCAGCUCUGCACUCUGAAUUUAUGUAGCAUAAAAGCUCAUCACCAUGCAGAACUCUGAGAAAACCUUUUUUUUUUUUUUUAUACUGAUAGUGCCAAGCUCUUCAUCUCACAUGAUGUUAAUGCCAACAAAUGCAGAAUGUGACUAUGCCAGGAGUGUAUCUAUUCUGACUGAGGUGCCGGUUGUGAUUUAUGUUCAUACUGUAGGUCCCAUUUCUUUUCUCAUCACUACUUCCUCCCAAAUAUUUUAACAAACUUCAGCUUAAACCAUUUUCACCGAAAGAUGGGGAAUGUCAAAAAACACAAAAGUUGGGUAUGUGACCAAAAAGGUAUCCUAACAUUUUUUACCACUAAAAAGCUAGAAGCUAUAAUUAAUUAUAAAAAGUCUGUUAUCAGAUAUUAUGUAGUUGUUUAGUUGUUGCAGAUCAUGCACACAUUUACCUAAGUCAAAUGUAUACUGCUUUUUCAGCAUUUUAUAUUUUUGCUAGUAUAACUUGCCUGUUUCCAUGUACAACUCUUUUGCAGGAAUGAUUAUUGUACAGUUCAGAUAAAAGCACUAUAUUUGUCUUUUAAGCUUCAAUGGGCGACAAGGUUUUAAAUGUAUAAAUAAGUUUUAUACACGUGCCUAUUAACUGCAUAUCUUUUUUUUUUCUUUUUUUUUUACUUAAAAACCAUUGUUCAUUUUAUACUAUCUAAAUUUUCUACUAAGUAGAAUAGCUAGGCAGUCGUUUUUGCUGAAUGGAAAGCAACACACAAAUCAAGUGGGAACAAGGUAAAUGCUGCUUCUGCUGUCCCUGACUCUGACUGUAUUGCUGCGAUGGUACCAUGAUGCUCCAUGUAAAUACACUCAGCAUGCAGGUCUGCUACAUGUACACCUCACUGGUCCAUUAGACAGUAAGAUGAGCCUAUGACAAGGACUUGUGUGAGUUAGGAGCACAGCGUCGUGAAUGAAUGUGAGGCUGAACGACGAGUGUUGACAGCCAAACUGAGGUGCUUCCUUUCUUCUUCUCAAGCAUGACUCCAUGUUCUGUAUAGAAUACGACAUGAUGGACUGCAAGAAAAUUAUAUUUUCCACCUCUUCUGAAUUGGAGAAAAAUUUCUUGGUACAUACAGCAUCAAUAAACUAAUUUUCACUUUA